GCCGGCGUGCUCGUCCAUUCGGAGGGUCCAUCGGCGUGUAGAGAGUUGUGAGUGCGCGCGCGAGACAGACAGACAGACAGACAGACACCGGCACCAUGUCUGAGGGGGUCGUCAGCUUCUUGAAGGAUUUCCUGGCGGGUGGAGUGGCUGCGGCUAUCUCCAAAACAGCGGUAGCUCCCAUCGAGAGGGUCAAACUGCUGCUGCAGGUCCAGCAUGCCAGCAAACAGAUUACAGCCGAGAAGCAGUACAAAGGCAUCGUUGACUGCGUGGUGAGGAUUCCCAAGGAGCAGGGCUUCCUCAGUUUCUGGCGUGGAAACCUGGCCAAUGUGAUCCGGUACUUCCCGACUCAGGCUCUCAACUUCGCCUUCAAGGACAAGUACAAGAAGCUCUUCCUUGGUGGUGUCGACAAGCACACCCAGUUCUGGCGCUACUUUGCUGGCAAUCUAGCAUCAGGUGGUGCUGCCGGUGCCACGUCACUCUGCUUCGUGUACCCACUGGACUUCGCUAGGACCCGGCUGGCUGCCGAUAUUGGCAAAGGCGCCGCCGAGAGAGAGUUUACCGGCCUGGGCAACUGCCUUGCCAAGAUCUUCAAGUCAGACGGCAUCAGGGGGCUCUACCUUGGCUUCAAUGUGUCCGUCCAGGGCAUCAUUAUCUACAGAGCUGCCUACUUCGGGAUCUACGACACGGCUAAAGGCAUGCUGCCAGAUCCCAAGAACACACACAUCAUCAUCAGCUGGAUGAUUGCCCAGACCGUCACUGCCGUGGCCGGUAUCAUCUCCUAUCCCUUCGACACUGUCAGACGUCGUAUGAUGAUGCAGUCAGGACGCAAAGGAGCUGACAUCAUGUACAAGGGCACAGUGGACUGCUGGAAGAAGAUUGUUAAGGAUGAGGGACCGAGGGCCUUCUUCAAGGGCGCCUGGUCGAAUGUGCUGAGAGGAAUGGGCGGCGCUUUCGUGCUUGUCCUCUAUGAUGAGAUCAAGAAGUUCACAUAAACGUUGAAGCUUCCAGAUCCAUCUUAUCAAAAGGAGAUCCUCAACUCUGUGACUGUCUUAAAUCAGGAUAGAUGUGUGCAAGAGUGUGCCGAGUGUCUGAGAGCGAGAGGAAGCAGCCACUUCAUUGUCCGCUCCUAUACCUGUGUAAAUAUAUUUAACUCCAACCCACCCACUCCUCUGAAUAUGACUGUCCUCUCAGUUCUGAUUACUCUUGGUAUACAAAGAUUGUUUUGGUUCAUUUAUAUUUGUUCCAUUGAGGAAAAAAAAAAAAACAUGAGCACCUCUGGGGCCAGGGAGCCCUGUUAAUGGAAGAAAUGUGUGCCUGUACACCAGAAAAGUCAACAGUUCUUGUGUUCUUUUAAUAAAAAUAAACUUGAAAAUACCA